UGGCGCUUCGAGUGGAGAGCGGUCUUUCUGACGGGACAGUCGACAGGGACAGCUGUGUUGACAGGAUGGACUUUGAUGAAGGCACGCCCUAUCCCAGGAGAUAGACCAGAACAGUGAAGGAGCAAAGGCUGACGUUGAUUGACGCAAAGAUGGCAGGGCAGACUCAGGCAAAGAAGGUCUGCGCGAAAAGACCAGCUUCAGAGGUGGAUGCAGGCUCGCAGAAGAAAGCGAGGAAAGCAGGGAAGAGCGCAGAGACAGACACAGCGUCUGAGAAGGCGUCAAUUUGCAGCACAGCCAGCACUGCCAACAAAGAGAGGCCAAGCAGCCCGCAGAAGAUUUCUAAGACAGACACAGGCGUGUCAGAGGACCCCUUCACUAAGAGGCGUGUUGGAAGGCAGUUUGAGGGAGUGAUGAAAGGGUGCAGAGCACUGCUGACCCAGAUCAUGAUUCACAAGUGGGCGCACCCCUUCAAGGCGCCCGUCGACGCGGCCGCCCUGGGCCUGCCCGACUACCACGACGUCAUCAAGCACCCGAUGGACCUCGGCACGAUCCGCGGCCGCCUCGAGGCGCUCGCGUACGGCGCCGACUGGCGCGCGUUCGCGGCCGACAUGCGCCGCGUGUUCGACAACGCGAUGGCGUACAACCGCGACGGCUCCGACAUCUUCUUCAUGGCCGAGUCCGUCAAGGCGCAGUUCAACUUCAAGCUCGCCAAGCUGCUCGAGUCGUCGGGGCUCCCACCCGAGGCGGGCGCCGAGGCGAACGGCGCCAUGAAGCCCGCCCGGAACGUCAGCCGGGUGCCCAAGGUCGGGAACAGCGGCCCUAAGAUCGUUGGCAAGGCGCCGCGCUCGCGGCCGGGGCUGGAGUUUAAGCCUGGCAGGGGGGCGUAUGCCGUGCCUUGCAGCCCCCCCGAAGCGGGGAAGAAGGGAGCGAAGAGCCCCGGGGGGAAGAAAAGCCCCGCGAGAAAGAAGGGGGGGGCCAAAGGCGCACGGAAACGGGCGGGUGUGAGGCGGGUGAGGGGGGGCAAGAAAGACGAGAGUGAGAGCGAGUCUGAGAGCGAGAGCGAGUCUGACGACGAGAACGAGAGCGAGGUUGAGAACGAGUAUGAGAGCGAGGUUGAGAACGAGAACGAGAGCGAGGGCGAAAGUGAGAGCGAGGACGAGAGCGAGAUGGAGGAAGAACGAACCGGGUUUACCACUGAAGAGUCUGAGGAGGAGGACGAGAGGUGGGAGAGACAGCGGGUUGCCCUCGCCGCGGCGGCUCGCAGUUUUGCGGCGCCCGACAGGAGGAAGGGUUUGGACGCGAUGACGCUCGCGCGGCUGCUCGGCCGCGCGGCCGCCCCCGCUCGCGCGUAUACCUUACAGCAGCGCUGCCAGCUGGCACUGGAGAUCAGGAAUCUCCCAGAGAUGGCGCUGAAGGGAAUGCUGGAUUCGCUCGCGGACUUCAUCCCCGCAGUGAACGACGGCGGGGUGGAGGUCGAACUUGACGUCAUGCAAAUGCACGAUGACCUCAUCGGCCGGAUGUGGGACUACAUCGACGAGUACCGCGCGCGCGCCGCGCGCGGGCAGCAGACAAGCGCGAAGCUCCUUGAAAGAUGGGCCGAAGCAGACGACUUCGAGCUGGGUUCCGCGUCCGACUCCGACGAGUCCUGCCGGUGCCUGGACCUGAGCCCCGAAAUCGAGGCCAUGUGGGAGAACUUCGACGAGACCUUUGACGUCAAGCCGCCGCCGGCGGCGGCGCUGCCCGCGAGCGCGUCACCCGAACCCCUCCAGUUCACCCUGAACAUGAUCGCCGCGCGGCCGCCGCCCCUCCAAAUCCUGGACCCCAAAACGCUCGCGCUCACGGGGCCGAAAAGCCCCUUCCUGGGGCAGAAGCACAGCCAGGAGAAUGAGACCUGGCAUAGUUUUGCUCUCCAGUCCCCCUCCGAGAUGGGCGACGAAGACGCGGGCGGCCGCGAAGCGGCCGACGCGCCCGACGCGGGCGGCCGCGAAGCGGCCGACGCGCCCGACGCGGCCGCGUCGGUUGAAGACCCCGACGCGGGGAUGGAGUAUUUGGACCUGAACGCCAGCCACGGCUGCGUCGCGCAGUAG